UAAUAAGAUAUGUGAACUGAGUUGGCUAAAGCAUUACACUUUCAUCAAUGGCGCCCGAGACCCUUUCUCCUUUUUAUCUUCUUCCCUCUCUCUCUCCACUCUCACUCCCUCACCAUCUCAUGAUUCCCACCCCUACUCUCAGACUCUACCCUUCGAAACCAACCCUCAUUUUCUGCAAAUCCCUACAAUCAUCUCAAACCCAUAAACAAACUUCAUCAACAUUUGACACCCAUCUUUCAGUUUCCACACCUGAACUUGAAGGAAUCGGAGCGGCCAAGCCAACCCGAGGGGAGGUCUUCCUCGAACACCAAAAAUCAUUGGCAGAUUCAGCUCAGGUGCCCGCGGCGAGCAAGAAGAAGAAGAAGAAGAGAGAGAAAAUUAGUGGGUCUUUGAGACCCUCUACAAUUAUUCAGAGCUGCUAUGGUUGUGGAGCUCCUUUACAGACUGUUGAAACGGAUGCUCCCGGGUAUGUGGAUCCAGAUACGUAUGAAUUGAAAAAGAAACACCACCAACUUAGAACCGUUCUUUGUGGAAGGUGCCGACUAUUGUCUCAUGGACACAUGAUUACUGCUGUUGGUGGAAAUGGAGGUUAUUCUGGUGGGAAGCAGUUUGUUUCAGCUGAAGAGCUUCGCGAGAAGCUAUCCCACUUGCGCCAUGAGAAGGCUUUGAUUGUUAAAUUAGUUGACAUAGUGGACUUCAAUGGAAGUUUUUUGGCUCAUGUACGUGAUCUUGGUGGUUCAAAUCCAAUAAUAUUGGUUGUGACUAAGGUUGAUCUCCUUCCUAAAGGGACCGACCUUAAUUGUGUUGGUGACUGGGUUGUGGAAGCUACCACGAAGAAGAAGCUCAAUGUUCUGAGCGUGCACCUAACAAGUUCAAAGUCUUUGGUUGGAAUUGUUGGAGUUGUGUCUGAAAUUCAAAAGGAGAAAAAGGGACGGGAUGUGUACAUUCUGGGCUCAGCUAAUGUUGGAAAAUCUGCAUUUAUCAAUGCACUAUUGAAGAUGAUGUCGUAUAAGGAUCCAGUUGCUGCAGCAGCACGAAAAUAUAAACCAAUACAAUCUGCUGUUCCUGGGACUACUUUAGGUCCAAUUCAGAUUGAUGCUUUCAUGGGAGGAGGGAAAUUAUAUGACACACCCGGAGUUCAUCUCCACCAUAGGCAAGCUGCAGUGGUUCAUUCGGAGGACUUACCUGCCCUUGCUCCCCAAAGUCGGCUCAGGGGUCAGUCAUUACCAAAUUCUCAGGUAGCCUUAGACGAGUGGAUGGCUGAGAAAAUUGGAUCCAAUGGCUUGAAUGGGUUUUCAAUAUUUUGGGGAGGUCUUGUCAGAAUUGAUGUCUUAAAGGUUCUCCCUCAGACAUGUUUAACAUUCUAUGGACCCAAGGCAUUGCAGAUUCAUUUGGUUCCCACAGAAAAAGCAGAUGAAUUUUACCAGAGAGAACUUGGAAUUCUAUUGACACCUCCAACUGGCAAACAGAAGGCCGACAACUGGGUAGGACUCGAGACAGAGCGCCAAUUGCAAAUAAAAUUUGAAGAUGCACGGAGACCAGCUUGUGAUGUAGCUAUAUCUGGACUUGGAUGGAUUGCUGUUGAACCAAUAGGAAAAUCUCCUGGAGUUUGUGACUCGAAUUUGGAAGAAACAGAGAAAAAGUUGCUUCUGGGAGUCCGUGUCCCUAAACCAGUUGAGAUUUUCGUUAGGCCACCUAUGCCGGUGGGGAAGGAUGGAGGAGAGCGGUACCAGUACAGGGAGUUAACAGAAAAGGAAGCAGAAGUAAGACCAAAAUGGUAUUUUUGAUAAAAAUGAUUCGAAAUUCAUUUGUAAAUAAUCCAAGUAUGUAGAGAAGCAUGAGAGAGAGAGAGCUACAUAACAUUUUUGCUGACUUGGGUUUUCUAUGAAGUUGGUAUGGUAAUAUAUAUCACCGGUUGUGAGAUUAAUUU